GCACGGUAUGCGCGGACGCGGUUAACGCAGUCUUUUAUCAGACGGUUCCAGCGGCCGCCGCGGUCUCCGGAGAUCUUCCGCGAGCGACGGCCAUAAUUCGUUCGCGAUCGCCUUCGCGCCUGUCCCUCGCCAUCCCUGCCGAGCGCCAGCACCGGCCGUUGCGUUCCCCACCGAGCGGAGGACAAACGACCCGGAGGAUCGAGGGCCCGCGCGAUGGGUUCGGAUACGGUCGGCGACGCAUCCGCGGUCCAGCUGUGGGACAUGUUUUACCUGGGCGAUCCGCGACGGCACAUGCACAACGACGUCAAACACGUACCGCAACUGUACGCGCAGGCAUGGCCAUAUUUCUUGACUCUGUUGGUGUUGGAAAACGGAUUGCGGCUGUGGCAGAGGAAAGAAAUCCUCAGACUUAACGAUAGCAUCACUUCCAUGAGCCAUGCGAUUUUGCAAGAGUGUGCCAAAUUUGUGUACAAGGGAUCAGAAUAUUGUGUAUACUUUUGGAUUUACAGUAAUUACAGGAUUUGCGAAUUACCUUGGAACUCGGUAAUUUUUUGGUAUUUCGCGGCAAUUGCAGUCGAUUUUUGUUAUUAUUGGAUGCACAGAGCCAGCCACGAAAUUCACUUAUUUUGGGCUCAACACCAGGUCCAUCAUAGCUCUGAAGAGUUUAACGUCACUGUCGGCGUAAGGCAAUCGGUAUUUCAAAGUUUAGUAGGGGUUGUGUGUUAUGCACCUUUGGCUUUAUUGGUCCCACCAGUUUUGCUAUUAGUACACCAACAGCUGAGUCUCUUAUAUCAGAUUUGGAUCCACACUGAGACCGUAGAAACGCUCGGGCCCUUAAGUUAUGUUUUCAACACUCCGGCGUUCCACAGGGUGCAUCAUGGGAGCACACUGUAUUGUUUGGAUAAGAAUUACGGAGGCGUAUUGAUUAUAUGGGAUAGAAUAUUUGGAACGUUUCAAGACUUUAUUCCGGACAAGCCCAUCACAUAUGGCUUAGUGUAUCAGAAAAACACGUUUAAUCCUCUGUCCUUACAAUUUUUUUACAACUUAAACAUAUAUUACAAAUGGAUCAGUAUGAAGGGUUGGAAGAACAAAUUUAAAUCAGUCAUUAAGGGACCUAGCUGGAUACCGGGUCUGUCGUGGACAGGGCAAGAUGGAAGACGUGCUAGUGUUAAAGGACUUAGGAAAAAAUAUGACGUAAAGUUAUCCUUGCUAUUGAAGUUUUACGUAGUAGUCCAUUUUGUUGCAGUUGUUAACGGAUAUUUCACGUUGACAAAAACACCUCGUUCUGAUAUAAGCAUCACGUGUAUGGCGAUUUCCACGUUUUAUAUUGUCUGGUCAUUGACGAACAUAGGUUUAAUAUUUGAUAAAUCCUCGUGGGCAAAUUAUUUUGAACUUUCAAGAUGUUUAGUCGCGUUCGUACAUCUUAUGUAUUUUGAACCAUCAGAAUUACUAAGUAUAUUCGCUGUAAACGCAUAUCAGUGGUUAAUGGGUAUUUCGAUUGUUUUUUGGGCUACAACAUGUUUGAUACGUUAACUAUUCACCUUUAUUACACAAUUUUAUGUUCAUUUUCGUGACGUGUAUAAAACAAAUUAUACUCAUAAGCGUUUAUUGCUAAGAA